UAGUAGAAACUGACAUUUGAUGAAAGCUGCGAAAAACAACAACCCCUUUUCAAUACACGCAUCAAUCAAGCAGCACGUUUCGUUGCGAGAAGUAUCGACGCUAAGCGAUGGCUCCAUCACGGAAGAACAAGGUCGCGAAGGAAGAGGUGCAGGUUUCGCUGGGACCGCAGGUUCGCGAUGGCGAGGUUGUCUUCGGAGUGGCCCAUAUCUACGCUAGUUUCAACGACACGUUCGUGCACGUCACCGAUCUGUCCGGCAAGGAAACGAUUUCUCGCGUCACCGGCGGAAUGAAGGUGAAGGCUGAUCGUGACGAGGCAUCGCCUUACGCUGCUAUGUUGGCCGCUCAGGAUGUUGCGGAGAAGUGCAAGUCGCUCGGUAUCACCGCUCUGCACAUCAAGCUGCGUGCUACCGGUGGAAACCGUACGAAGACACCCGGACCGGGUGCCCAGUCCGCACUCCGUGCGCUCGCCCGUUCGUCAAUGAAGAUUGGCCGCAUCGAGGAUGUGACGCCGAUUCCGUCGGAUUCAACGCGCAGGAAGGGUGGCCGUCGUGGUCGUCGUCUGUAAUUUUCAAUUUCCUCCACAGCGGGAAUUUGUUGUACCAUUUGGUGAUUGAGCAAGAAUGGAAAUACAUGCACCAUGAAAAAUGAAACGUAAUGUUUCAAUUAA